AUGGAUGCACGUCCUGUUAUACUGGUGUUCCUGCUGGUUGGGUUAACGUGUGGUCUCGUCACGGGGCAAGGCGGAAGUCAAGACCAGACUUCAGUCAACAUCGGUGUGGGGCCUGAAGCCGCGACUGCUGUAGACUGCACUAAAGGGUUCCAGUGCGAUGCCGUCGCUUACGACCCCGUGUGCGGCUCUAAUGGCGUCACCUAUGCCAACAACUGUGUCUUUGCUUCAGUGUUUUGCUCUUCGGAACAUGAUGCAGACACUUUGUUUAUCCAAGCGUUGGGUGAAUGUUCUGCAUCACCUGAAGUCCAGAGUACUCUAAUGGAGUCUCUAUCCGACACUCAAUUAGAGUCCGUCCCUGCUGAGGUCGAUCUGGACACUGUAUUCUGCUCCCUAACGUGCAAGUUGACACCGGAUCACGUCUGCGGAACCGAUGGAGUUACGUAUAUCAACGACUGCCACCUUUUAUUUUCAAAAUGUCAGAAUCUACAACUGGAAAAAGCCUAUCAUGGGGACUGCGUUACCAGCACAAAUGGCAUUAAUCUGAACGUCUUGGAAGUUGGUGUGAGCGUCAUUGAUUCUCCGGUGACAGCAGAGAAGUGCAACUCCAUGUGUGAGCGUGUAUACGACCCAGUCUGCGGCUCCAAUGGGAUCACGUACGCUAAUCUGUGUCUUUUAGAGUACGCCGAAUGCAGAAACCCUAACGUUAAGGUGUUUGGACCUGGUAAGUGUCCUCCAAAUAUGCAAGCCGCACGUACAGCUAACAGUCCAACCAUUAACUAUAACGGAGAGUCCUGUAUCCCCCAGCCUUGUCCGUACACGUACGCACCCGUGUGUGGCUCGGACGGCCAAACCCACGACAAUCUCUGUCUAUUCGCUAAUGCGAGAUGCCAACAUCAGACUCUAACGGUGAUUCACGAGGGAGAAUGUGACGUUGACACACAAAUCACGUGCGAAACGAUGACCUGCCCUACAUUUACGGAGUGCAAAGAGCAGGUUGAAGCCGAUAAAACGGUCGUAGCUUACUGCGCUGACGUGUGCUCUCCGGAUCGCUGUAGUGAGCGUGAAGACUGCGAACUUGUGGACUCCGACUGCUACACGGCGCCAUGCUCUCCCAUUGCCAUGUGUAUCCCAAAAGUUCAGGAGGGAUAG